GCACUUUGAACAAAUUACUAAAAUCAAAAGCAAAAUGGAGAGCGCUGUUGAAAAUUUGAGAGAAUAUUUUAGCAGUGGGAUAACAAAACAAGCAUCAUGGAGAAAAGCUCAGCUUCAGAACCUGCUCACUCUUCUUCACGAGAGAGAAGGAGAAAUCUAUACAUGUCUUAAAAAAGAUCUCGGAAAACACCACGUUGAAGCCUUUAGAGACGAGCUAGGGACACUGAUAAAAUCCACUAAUUAUGCACUGCAAAAUCUGAAAGGAUGGAUGUCAAGCAAAACGGCUAAACUACCAAAACUUGCAGUUCUCGCAUCAGCAGAAUUGAUUCCUGAGCCUCUUGGCCUUGUCCUCAUCAUUUCAACCUGGAAUUUCCCCUUCGGGAUGUCAUUGGAGCCAUUGAUAGGAGCAAUAGCAGCAGGAAACACAAUGGUUUUGAAGCCCUCAGAACUGUCUCCAGCUUGUUCUUUAUUCUUAGCAAAAGUGGUGCCCAUGUACCUCGACAACAAAGCAAUUAAAGUCAUUGAGGGUGGCCCUGAAGUUGGUGAAAAACUCCUCCAACAAAAAUGGGAUAAGAUCUUCUUCACAGGAAGUGCAAGAGUGGGAAGGAUAGUUAUGUCAGCAGCUGUGAAGCAUCUAACUCCUGUAACUCUUGAGUUGGGUGGAAAAUGCCCUGCAGUUGUUGAUUCUCUCAAAUCUUCCUGGGACAGAUGGAUGGGUACAAAUCGAAUUGUUGUAUCAAAAUUUGGACCUUGUGCUGGUCAAGCUUGCAUAGCAAUAGAUUAUGUGUUGGUGGAGGAGCAUUUUGCGUCCACUCUGGUAGAGCUGAUGAAGGGCAGCAUUAAGGAAAUGUUUGGUGAAAACCCAAGGGAAAGUAAUAGUAUUUCUAGGAUAAUCAAUAAGCACCAUUUUCUCAGAUUGAAAAAUCUCUUAAGUGAUCCAGCAGUCAAGGAUUCCAUUGUUUUUGGUGGCUCAAUGGAUGAAGACAAUCUGUUCAUUGAGCCAACAAUCUUGGUGGAUCCUCCCCUUGAUGCUGCUGUUAUGACUGAAGAAAUCUUUGGUCCCGUGCUUCCAAUAAUUACGUUGAAGAAGAUUGAAGAGAGUAUUGGGUUUAUUAAUUCAAGGCCGAAGCCACUCUCAAUUUAUGCCUUCACCAACAAUGAGGCACUUAGGAGGAGGAUGAUUUCAGAAACAACAUCAGGGAGUUUGAUUUUCAAUGACGCAAUUAUUCAAUAUUUAGCUGAUACUCUCCCAUUUGGAGGAAUAGGGGAGAGUGGAAUGGGGAGCUACCAUGGAAAAUUCUCCUUCGACACAUUCAGCCAUUACAAGGCAGUGGCAAGAAGAAGCUUUCUCACUGAAUUUUGGUUUAGAUUUCCCCCAUGGAACAAUUACAAGCUUCUUCUCUUUGAAGUCUUUUACAAUAUUGACUAUCUUGGCAUUCUUCUAGCCCUUCUCGGUUUAAAAAAGCCAAGAAAAAUCUCUGUGGUCGCUUGAACACGUUAUAGAAAGAAAUGAAAAACAGAUCUUUCGCGACAUGAAAAUUGAAAAAAAUAAUAAUAAUAAUAAAGCGAAGACUUUUAUAUGUAUAAUUAUUUGUAAAAUUAGUGAGAGUAGGGAAUAAACUGUAAGCUCUUUGCAUGUGUAAAGAGUUUCUCCCAAAGAGUAUUGUUGUUUGGUUUGAUUUCAAUGAUGUUAAUGUUUUAAUUGAUUAAAGUUGUCGAAUGAUUUGCAUGCAUUUAA